UGAGACAGCGAAGAAUUCACAUUUAACAGAGUAAUCAAAAAUCCAUCGUCGACGUUGUUGAUCAUUCGGCGCAAGUCUCGCUCCUGAAAGUUCCCAUGGCGGCCAUCAUAACCCGCCUCGCGAAGCGCGCCUCCACCGCGCCUCUCUCUCCCCUCGCCAGGAGAUGCCUGAUUUCGUGCCAAGUCAACUCUCACGCGCCGCCGCACGCCGCCGCGCGGUUUCCCACGCGCGAGGAUCCGAGCGACAGGCGCGUGCAGUGGGUGUUCCUGGGCUGCCCCGGCGUCGGCAAAGGCACGUACGCUAGUCGCCUCUCCAGCCUCCUCGGAGUGCCUCACAUCGCCACCGGCGAUCUCGUUCGCGACGAACUCGCUUCCUCUGGCCCCCUUUCUUCUCAGCUAUCAGAAAUUGUAAAACAAGGUCAAUUGGUGUCAGAUGAAAUAAUUAUAAAUUUAUUAUCAAAGAGACUUGUUGCUGCCGAAGCUAAAGGCGAAUUGGGAUUUAUUCUUGAUGGUUUUCCUCGAACAAUAAAGCAAGCAGAAAUAUUGGAAGGGGUAACUGACAUUGACUUGGUAAUCAAUCUGAAGCUCCGAGAAGAUGUUCUGCUUGAGAAAUGCCUUGGUAGGAGAAUUUGCAACCAGUGUGGGGGUAACUUUAAUGUUGCUUCCAUUGACAUCAAGGCUGAGAAUGGGAGCCCUGGAAUGGUUAUGGCUCCACUUCUUCCUCCUGUGAAUUGUAUGUCAAAGCUCAUUACUCGAUCAGAUGAUACUGAAGCAGUGGUCAAAGAAAGGCUUCGAAUAUACAAUGAAAUGACUCAGCCUGUGGAGGAAUUUUACCGUAGAAGAGGGAAAUUAUUGGAGUUUAACCUGCCUGGAGGAAUCCCGGAAUCUUGGCCUAAGUUGCUACGAGCUCUUAAUCUUGAUGAUUGUGAGGACAAGCGAUCUGCUGCAGCUUAAAGAUAUAUUAAUGUAUCUAUCAUAACAGUAAGUAUUUCAUUCUUUGCGUGCAUAUAUUGCAUGCUUCGCAAUUUUGCAGGACAGAGAACCAAAGAAAGAGAACUUCUCUGCUAGUAUUAUUUUGGACCAAUAAAAAUGUUGUAACAUGAAAAAACUUAGUGUUGAGUUUUCAGUUUAAUUUGUUUAUAUGGGAGGGUUUCCCAGCAUAUAGUAUUAUUGUGUAUAUCACAUUGCUACAUAGAUUGUUGGUCAGGAAUCAGCUUCAAUAGGAACGUAUUGUUGUAAAUUAAAUGUGGAUGAACUUAUUUUUUGCAUCAUCACAUGCUCGGGAUUUAGGGAGUAACUUCCAGGAAAACCUAUUUCAUGAUGCUUCAUGUUAUUUGAAUAAGUCUUUUGAUUUCACAAUACUCUUGAAUGACUCCUUUUCUUUGAAUA